GUGAGCAUCUGAUCAAGGUAUCUUCACUGUUGUUUCAGAAAGGGAUGCAGUGUGCUGGUCCACCAGCCCCCUUCAAAAACAAUUAAAAUGGCUGAAGAUUAUUUUGGAUUCUCUUGGGUUCGUAAUGAUAACAGGAAAAACGUCACCAUAUAUAUUAACAAUCCAGCGGACAUCUCAGUGAUUGUUAUAUAUUUUCUGGUGGUUCUGGCUGUAGGAAUAUGGGCAAUGGUACGGACCAAUCGAGCCACAGUAGGGGGCUUUUUCCUGGCUGGCAGAAGUAUGGUGUGGUGGCCGAUUGGAGCCUCUCUCUUUGCAAGUAACAUCGGAAGUGUUCAUUUUGUGGGAAUAGCAGGAACUGGAGCAGCUGCUGGUAUUGCUAUCGGAGGAUUUGAGUGGAAUGCUCUUGUUCUUGUGAUCAUUCUGGGAUGGCUGUUCGUGCCCAUCUACAUAAAGGCUGGGGUUGUGACCAUGCCAGAGUACCUGAAGAAACGUUUUGGUGGGCAGCGUAUCCGUAUUUACCUCUCUGUGCUCUCCGUGUUUCUUUACAUUUUCACCAAAAUCUCUGCGGACAUGUAUGCAGGAGCCAUUUUUAUCAACCAGGCUCUGGGACUAAACAUUUACCUGGCUGUGGUUAUUCUGCUGCUCAUUACGGCUCUUUACACAGUAACAGGUGGUCUAGCUGCAGUCAUCUACACCGACACCCUGCAGACCUUCAUCAUGGUUGUGGGAUCAUUCAUUCUUAUGGGUUUUGCGUUCAGUGAGGUGGGAGGCUAUGAGAAACUCCAAGACAGAUACAUGACUGCGAUCCCGUCAAUGGUGGGUGUGAACAUCAGUGAAGAGUGCUACACUCCUCGCUCAGAUGCCUUCCACCUCUUCAGAGACCCCAUCACUGGCGAUCUGCCCUGGCCUGGAAUGAUCUUUGGUCUUACAAUCCAGGCCAUCUGGUACUGGUGUGCUGACCAGGUGAUUGUGCAGCGCUGUCUGUCUGCCAAGAACCUGUCUCAUGUGAAAGCGGGCUGCAUCCUGUGUGGUUACCUCAAACUCCUGCCCAUGUUCCUCAUGGUUUUCCCAGGCAUGAUCAGCAGAGUGCUGUACACAGAUGAGAUUGCAUGUGUGGAUCCAGCAGAGUGUGACUACUACUGUGGAACGAGUGUGGGCUGUAGUAAUAUUGCUUAUCCUAAACUAGUGGUGGAUCUGAUGCCAAACGGUCUCAGAGGCUUGAUGUUGUCCGUCAUGCUGGCCUCUCUGAUGAGUUCACUCACUUCCAUCUUUAACAGUGCCAGCACACUCUUCACUAUAGACAUCUACACCAAGAUCCGCCCCAAAGCCAAGGAAAAGGAGCUCAUGAUUGCAGGGAGGUUGUUCAUGCUGCUUCUGAUCGGCGUGAGUAUUGCAUGGAUCCCCAUCGUUCAGUCGGCUCAGAGCGGGCAGCUCUUCGAAUACACUCAGUCCAUCACCAGUUAUCUGGCUCCGCCAAUUUCUGCUGUCUUUAUCCUUGCCAUCUUCUGCAAGCGAGUCAAUGAACCUGGUGCUUUUUUUGGGUUGUGUAUUGGUCUUUUGGUGGGUCUGGCGCGUAUGAUAACAGAGUUUGCCUAUGGCACAGGCAGCUGCAUGCAUCCCAGUGACUGUCCUACAAUCAUCUGUGGCAUACACUACCUCUAUUUCGCCCUGAUCGUCUUUGGCCUGACCUGUUCAGUGAUACUGGUCAUCUCCUACAUGACCAAACCCAUUGAAGACAAACAUCUGCACAGGCUUUGCUGGAGUUUGAGGAACAGCACUGAGGAAAGGAUUGAUCUGGAAGCAGAGGACUGGUCUGAUGAUCAGGAUUCAGACAGUUUGGAAAAAGAAGAGGUACGUAAGAAACCAAGCUGUUGGAAGAAGGCCUACAACUGGUUCUGCGGCUUUGAUCAAGGCGAUGCACCAAAACUGACUAAAGAACAGGAGGCGGAGUUGAAGAUGAAGCUCACGGACACCACUGAGAAACCUCUAUGGAGAAACGUGGUCAACGCUAACGCUAUUAUCCUCGUCGCCGUCUGUGUCUUCUUCCAUGGUUUCUUUGCCUAAAGAUCAAAUCAGUAUCAGCUAACUGUUAUAUGAGUCAUGGGAUAUUAGAGUCCUAGUAGUCAUGUCAAAUCUUUCUUAGCUGCUACAGUAUCUAAUUUAACACAUGCCUGACUGUUUUUACUGUACAUUUGACAAUGUUUACUGCAUGUUCUUCGCUUACACCUUUAACAUAUUACAGAGUAAUAGUUUCAGCUAAUAAUAUGAAGUUCUAGUCUGUUUUUUUUUUGUAUGUUUCCAGUAAAGUCUUCUGAUGCAUUAUGAUCAAAUCAGUGCAAAGCCUUUUUCUGUGCCAUUUUAAAGAUGUCUCAUAUUUAAUUUAAUAACAUGGGUAUUUUUUGCCACGUGAUAAGUUUGUAUAUAAUGUGUAGUUGUUUUUUGUGUUAUAUAUGCACCCUCUGUAAAGAUAAAUUUCCUCUCUGAGGACAAAGAAAUAAAUGCAAUGAAAUAAAAUGAAAUGAAAUGAAAUGAAAUGAAAUGAAAACAUAAAACUGCAAAUACUUUAAAUUCCCAUAAAAUUGUGUUUUAUUCAAAUAUUUCAGUUGUAGCAAUAGAUCUCUUCUUAUGUAUUAUAAUGAUUAUAGAUGAUUAUAGAAAAAUGUAGGGUGUAUCUAUCUAUCAGUUGUUGAUUGGCUGGAGGCAGAUCUCAAGAAAGGAGCAGGUUUAUGAGAAGGAAAUUACUGGAGAAAUUUAGCAUAUGCCACCAGAGAGCAGUAUGACAUUAUUUCAACACAAGAUUGAGUUUUGACAAUUUCAUCAAAAAUUAUGAGAUUAAACAUAAAAAAAAAAAAAAUUAAACAUACCCAAGUAUAUCAUGUACUCUGUAAUAUAUUAAUUUAAUGUUUAUUGUAAUAAAAAUAUAUGAAUUUUA